GGCAGUAUGGCGCCCACCUCGGCAGGCGACGAACGCGCGCGCUAAAACUAAACACAAAAUAAUACGUAAAUAAUAAUAUUAUUAUUAAAAUAAAAUUUUCGAAUGAUACAAAAUAAGUCAUUGAGUGUUGUUGUAAAAAUGAUAAAAACAUGAGAAAACAGUGAAUUCGUAUUGAUUUUUAGUUGUGUUACCAAACAUUCCUGCUAUUACAAAAACUCAAUUCUUAAUUAAUAUGAAUAAUCCAAAAACAAAAGAAUAAAGUGAAUCCUAUAAAACAAAUGUGAAUCAAAAUGGCGUCGUCGAAGGAGUGCGCCAAAGUGACAUCUUCAAUUGACAGUUUAAAAUUAUCGAGCAAAAAUACGUCAAAGAGUUCGUCGAAGCAUGCGUCCUCCGAAUCGGUCCUGUCGAAAAAGGACAAGGAAUGCCUCCAGAUGCAGGAGUGCAAGAAGAAGCUUCUGGCAAUGGAGCCUCAGAUUAUCGUGAGGGAUGACAAUGUGGUGUUGAGAUCUCCUCCGCAGAAGAAGAUCGUGAUGCCGCCGACCAUUAACGCUGAGGAAUUGGCCGCCUCUACUCCGACUCAACGUAACUGGCGCGGCAUCCUCAUAGCUCUGCUUGUGAUCGCCGCUGUCCUUGGUCUCAUCGUCUUCAGUAUAGUACUCCUAACGCCGGCAGGAGACGGGGGCAGGAUUAAGGGGAGGCGUCCGACCCUACAAGAUGUACUGGCUGAGCAUUACAAGCCCUUUAAUGGAACUUGGUUAACAGAUGAAGAAUUAGUGUUCAGAGACAGAUGGGGAGGCCUGACUCUGUUCAACGUGAAGAACCUGACCACGAGGCUCCUCAUGACAAAUUCUACUUUUAGAGAGUUAAACGCUGUGGACUUCAAGGUGUCUCAAGACUUGAAGUUCGUCUUGCUGAUAUCUGAUGUGAGACCAGGCUGGAGGCAUGGCCGUCUGGCGAGGUACCACGUCUAUGACGUGAUAAAUAGGAAUAAAAUCCCCAUAUCGCCAGUGGAAGACGAUCGUUCAGCGCCGCUGCUGCAGCACGCAGAGUGGUCCCCGGUCGGCUCCAGCUUAGUAUUUGUACACGACAACGACAUUUACUACAAGCCAAGAGUUUUGAAAACCCUGAUUUGCAGGAUCACUAAAGACGGUGUCCCGGGAGUAAUAUUCAAUGGAGUACCAGAUUUCUUAUACGAGACCGAAGUGUUGCGGUUAGACCGAGCAUUAUGGUUCAGUCCGGACGGUCAGACCCUCAUGUUCGCGACGUACAACAACUCCCAGGUCCAAGAACACAAAUACCCGUGGUAUGGUCUGGACGACCCCGAACCGCCCGCUUAUCCCAUAAUUAAAUCGGUCAGGUAUCCCAAGGUGAACACCAACAACCCUGAAGUGACAAUAUACGUUGUCAGUUUAAAAACGCCGAAAUAUCUGUUCCCUCAUGCGAUCCAGUUUUCAUCACAAGUGGACAAGACUUGGUACGUGCGCUGGACAGAGUGGAUGUCGGAGAAGCAGAUAGCAGUUCUGCUCCUCAACCGGGCUCAAAAUGUUUCCAUCAUCAGCGUUUGCAGUGCAGCUCAAUACAAUUGUCAAGAUAUCUACCGCGACGAGACAGACGGCUCGCGCUGGUCAGGCCUCGGGGCUGAACCGGUGGAGGAAGACUGCGGGUGGUGCUUCGGACACGCCCUCGUCGGUUCUCGGUCGGGGAUCUACACUACAUCCCCCGUAGCAGACACAACUGGGAUCUGGAGACAUGCCGUCAAAGUGUCAAUAGAUGGAAGAACCCCUCUAACACAGGGCAGCUUUGAGAUCACGCAGCUGCUAGGAUGGGAUGAGAAAAGGAAAUUCUUGUACGUGGUGGGCACGGGGGUGGACAAGCCGGGGGAGAGACAUUUGUACCGCGUCAGUGGGAUCGAGCCGGGCGUGUGGACACCACCACCGGUCUGCCUCACCUGCUCAGUGUCACCAGCACCACCUACUACCACCGAAGCAGACCCGGACGAUCUGGAAUACGAGAACGGGACAUCGUCCUUGCCGGCGUGGCCGUCCUCGACAGUACUCCCGCACGUUGCUGAUGAGAACGACUCGCUGCCCGGCGAGUGUCUGUACAACAGGAUCAUGUUCAGCAAGAACUUCUCAUAUUACGUACAGGAGUGCCUGGGUCCCGGUCCUCCCGUGACGUUCCUGUGCACGCACUGGGGGGAGCGCCGCGCCGUGCUGUGGGACGGCUGGCCACUCAGACACAAGUUUGGACAACUGGCUCAUCCGCAAGUCAAAGUGUUCAGGGUCGAGGUACAAGCAGAAAGGGAAGCCCGGGUCAGACUGCUACUGCCACCAGGGUUUAAGGAGACGGAUGACCUGCCGUUACCGCUAGUGCUGCACGUGUCCGCUGAGCCCGGAGGUCAGCUGGUGACAGAGCGCUGGUCCCCGGGCUGGGGCUGGUACCUCGCAGCCACCAGGAACUUUAUCGUCGCGCAGAUCGACGCGCGCGGGUCCGGUGGACAGGGUGAGGAGCUGAGGACGGAGAUAUACCACAAACUGAUGUCCAUAGACGUGGAAGAUCAAAUUGCCGUCCUGUCGUAUCUCCGCGACAACCUGAAGAUGGUGGACGGUAGCCGAGUGGGGGUGUGGGGGCGCGGGUACGGCGGCGGUGCGGCGGCCGCGCUCGCCGCAGAUGACGCCCGCAACGUGACGCGCUGCCUGGCCGCCGUGGCGCCACUGACCGACCUCAGACACCACAAGUCGUACUGGGCGGAGCGUUACGGCGGGUACGGGUCGGGCUGGGCGGGCGCGCUGGGUGCGGGCGCGGUGUGGCGGCGCGCCGGGAACCUGCCGCCGCGCCGCGUGCUGCUCGCGCACGCCGCCGCCGACCUGGCCGCGCCGCCUCCACACGCGCUCGCCCUGGCGCGGGCGCUGGUGCGGGCCGGGGCACUCUACACGCACCAGAUAUAUCCAGAUGAGGGGCACAACUUCGAGCGCUCGUCCAUCCACCUCCACAAGACCUUGGAGCAGUUCUUCGACGAUUGUUUCGGGCCGGUCGAGGUCGCGGACUGGGACGCGACCGGAGUCGGAGGCCUAUUCCCGUUCAGGGACUAAGUUAUUAGCAAACAGCCAACCUUAUUCCUGUGCAUACCUCCCUUCCUCCUCAUAUGUUUUAAAACUGACGCCCAAGUGGAAUUUUAUUUCGUUUUGAUUUUUCUUCACGCCGUUAAGAUGUAAAAACCGCAUACACUCCGUCUACUGAUCAACAAACAAUUCACUGUAAUGAUCACUGAAUCAGAGCUUUAGCACUUUUCUAAUUCGUAACUGUAAACUUUAAAACGUUACUUCUGUCUUCAAGAACUUUCCUAUUGUUUAUUGUUUUAUUAGCUUGCGUUGGCAAAUACUCAAACGACAUUGUCACUGAUGCAUUACCGACAUAAUUUUUUUUUUUUUUGAAAAGAACCUGGAAACAAGAGUUAACUACUUAAUAUUCUCUCAUCAAUUAUAAACAAAGGAGCUUGGAUACUAGUUUGUUUUUGAGACCAGGACACGUGUCGUUAAAAAUGUCGAUGCCGUCAAUUCAUGCACAUAUUUGGUUAUAUUCACUACAAAUGUUUAAUAAAGGGAACUUUUGAAUUUUAUUCACUGGAUAGAACAGUUAGUUCCAGGACCUAAUAUAUCCAAUGAAUGGUGACAUUACUAAUCGCUUUCUCGUUGUAGACGUAAGCUAAUAACAACAAUUACAAUGAAGCUGAGAAAGAUUCAGAAUUAACCAAUCGGCAAUAUUGUAGUAUGUAAUCAGGUUAUUUUAUCGCCUGUCUUACACACACAACGCGGGUAAUUAAGACAAGACCGGGCAGAGGUGAAAUAAAAUCGAAUAAUGACAUUUAGAUAUUAACUGUCAUGACGUAAGUACUUUGAAAUAUGCAUUUAAUAAUAAAUGUACUAUCUUGCUAUUUAUCACAGUGAAAUAAUUUAAAAAUCUAAUUGUAUUCACAAACAAGAUGAUACUCAAAGAGCAAAUCAAUCAAAGAUGCUCUGGAAAAAGAGCACGGGGUCGCCGAUACCUCGUUGAUUUUCUUAUGAUUAUUGUAAGGAAGAAAAUAUUUUAGCGGUACUUAUCAACUUUAUAUAUGUCGCUUUCAGUGUCAUAAAAAUUUAGCUUUAAAAUUUAUAAUUCCUUCUUCGAGCUUUAUCCUGAAUUUACGUGUUUUUUUCUGGAAACGCCCAAAUAAUGAAGGCGCCAAUUCAUGCAUUCGUCAAUAUGCACGCUAAUGUAUAGUUGUAACAGUCAUUGUUGGCGGCACGAAUUCUUUAAAUAAAUAUAGAUAGCUGUUGUCACCAGCCAGUGUGGAAUGCAAUCUAGUUCGGACACUGUUCUGAUAAAUAAAAAUAAUGCUGUACAAUAAAUAACAAAUAGAAGAAAUGUACAUAGUUCUGUUGGUACCUUUUUUUUGUAUUAGAGGACAGUGUUUUGGUACAUCUGGUUCGUAUUUAUUUAUAUCCUAAACACCGAAGACAGGAGAAACUCCUAGCUCCAGUGCGGAACUUUGAACAUAUCAACUACGUUAUUUGUAUGUCAUCGAUUACGAACUCAAUCAUUAUUCUAUCGAUUGCCUUGAUUUUUUUGUAGAGCCAACACAUCACUGUGCUCACUACCCACUUCCUGUAUAUCGACGCUUGAAAGGCGUGACUAAGCGAUAAUGCGUGAACUUUACAGUAGACUAAUUUAAAGUUGAAAUUAAUUUAGAAUAAAAAACUUAAAAAAAAAACUUUUUGAGACCUCGGGAGACCAGAAGGCCGGUACGUAUUUUGCACAAAGAAUUAGCAUUGCUAUCCAGCGUGGAAAUGAUGCCAGCCUUCUGGGAACUCUGCCAACCGGCGCGGCGGUGAGCUAACGCAGAUUUUCUAUUUAUAAGUAGCUUUACCUAAAUAAUUAUAAUUUUUAUUCAUUUAUUAGGUUGUUUGUAUAUUUAGAAUAUACCUGAGAAAUACCUGAAAAAAAAAUCUAUUUUAACGAAUCUAGCUGUAGGAUUGAAAUGAUUUUAAUAGACCUAGAAAUAUUUUUUUUUUCGCAUCGAAUAUGGUUAUUGCCUAUCUAUCAUUUAUGUACAAAGCAGUUAUUGUCGCUUAGUCACGUUUGCCUUUCAAGCGUCGAUAUGUUCCUCAAACUUUUUAUUUGAAGAACGAACAAUAACAGUAACGCCACGAAUAAAUUACGCGGUCAUCUUUCUAGACAAAAAAAUAUAAAUUCAGGAUACGGCUCACAAUAUUCCUCUUAGAAUCCCACCUAAGUAAUUUAGUUGGAAUAUUCUCUAGUCUCUUUCUAGUCGAGAAGUAAACGUAGGUACUAAAUAAUACUAUUAUGUUAAUUUAUAUGUUUUUUUUGUGUAUUAGCUAAGCAACGGGACAUGAGAAUUGUCUAUGUGUAUGCAAAUAGCAUAUUUCAAAUUCUUAAAAAGUAUUCAAUUAUUAAUUGCAGCAUUUUGUCGCAUUAACGGAACAAAGAGAGAUAAAUAAAUUAUUAAGCAAGAGCAUGUUAUCUUUAAAUUUAUCUUCGGUAAUUAUUACUUACCGUCUAUCAGAACAGUUAAUAAAAAAAUAUAUUGCUAUAUACACACAUGUAAGCAAAAUUCGCGUUUCAUUAUUGCUUCUAUAACUUUGCUUCUUGAGUUUAUAUUUGGAAUAAGUAUUGUUCCUAGAGACUAUUUCAUUUUUAAACAUUAAUAUAAAACUUUAAAAAAAAAUCUAUGAUCUUAUCUCAUAAUAAUAUCAAUUUAUAAACUUAACAGUCAAACAGUUCAAAGGAGACUUUUUUUUUGUAAUAAAUAAGACAAUAGUUACGAAUAAAAUUGGCUUUUGUAAUUGCUAUUUGAAUACUUUGGGCUUAUAACGGCGUUUUGUGGCGUUGCAAAACUGUGUUUUUUAAAUCAACAUAAUCCCGCCAUUUUUAAAAAAGUCACCUUUGUACUAAUCGACUGGAACAUCUAAAUAGCGUCUUAAAUAAAAUAAAAAUGCUAUUCCUGAAUUUUACUAAAAAUAAUAAUUAUUUAAUAUAAUAUUAUAAUAAAUGUUCAAAAAAAUCGGUGUUGAGACUAAAAAAUAUAUAAAUGUGAUAGGUGUUUUUAUUAUAGAAAUAUUUAAUUAAUUAUGGUAUGGUACUUUACUAUUUAGUUUUGAUUUUUUUUCUUUAAUGUUAAAUCAUGCAUGAAUAUCGAAGAUUUAAAGAAACUAAAGGUCACAUACAUUCUAUAAUAGAAAAAAAAUAUUCUGUAAAAUAAAAAAUAAAACAGGAACUGUCAAAGAAAGGUAUCAAAAAUCGUGUAUAAAAUAUUGCCUAAAGGUGUAUGUAACAAAUAAGUGAACCUACACACGAUUUUUUUCUAACUUUUAACUUGUCGAGUAGUUGACUAAAGAAUACAUUAGUGAGCUUUGUCCGAGUUUUUUAACUUCUUGAUAGCGUAAAAGUUAACUCAAAUUUGUAUGGAGUUGGAACAACUUCACUACGUUUGCCGCUAGGGGCGCUUUUCAUACCAACUCCAUACAAAUUUGAAUUAACUUUUGUAAGGCUUAACUUUUGUAACAGAAUUGUAAGGCUUUUCUCUUUCCGUAAGCAUAUAACAUGGAUCGCUACAUAAAUACAUAAGCUGGUCGACUCAACUAUCAACUUUUCCUUUUCUUAAAUCACGUAAAACUAAAAUUCAAACGACACAAUACUCUAUUCCAAUUACGAAGUCCCCUUCAAAUGGGAUCAUCUGUCAACAGAGGUUACUGUUAAAAAAAAAAUUUUUUAAUGUGUGCAAUUCACACGUGGUAGAAGUAAAACCUUUCAAAAUUAAAAUACAAUUAUCCUAAACGUCUUAAGUAUAUGUAAAAUUUUGUCAUUAGUAAAUAAUUGUAAGGUAGCGCCCUCUGUGAAUUGAUAUUUUAAUUUCACGUAUAAUCCUAAAUUAAAAUUCACUACAAGAGCUUUCAUACACACGUUAGUAUUAAAAAAUCUCACAGAUGGCGCUGUAUUAAAUAGUAUGUAUAUUUUUGUCUCAUCCUUUGCUGGCUUCAUCCUACACAUUUUUGUAUUUGUGUCUCUUACCUGUCGUUUUUUCCGUUGCAUCCGGUUUGAAAUCACAACGAUUCUAAAGAAGUUUUCACUUAAAAAAUUAUUAUUAUUUCAAAUAAUGCAAAACGUGAACAGCUACGUUCUAAUAAUUGUCAAAAGGGACUUCGUAAUUGGAAUAGAUUAUACUUCAUCCCUAAAUACUAUAAUACUAAACAUAUAAGUUUUACUCUUGCAAACUACGCACGUGAAGAAAUUGUUUACAGGGAUUCUAAAUUAAUUUAUUAACAUUUAAUUGAAUAAAAUAGGAAAGUACCUACCCUAAUAUUUGUGAAUGUAACACGUUCAUUUAUAAGCUACUUAUAUAGUAUUGAAAAUUGUAGGCUUAUUCCUACGUUGUGUCCAACAGUAUUUUUGUAAUGUGAUUAAUUAAACAAUAUUAAAUAGGUUACAAGUUUUUCUCCAUUUUAAAUUAAUAACAACCAAUCGGUACUUUUAUUGAUGACUACACGUUAGGUUUCAGUCACAGAUAUCAAAAUCAAUAAAGAAGUUGUGUGGAUGACUGUCAACUAAUUUUUCUUUUGGUGUAUAAUUAUACCGUAAAUGUAACUCAUAGUUGUUUAUUUUUCGAAAUAAAAUUUGAAAAGAAUUGAAUUAUCGAAUCUACAUCACAGAUUAAAAAAUAAAAGUUUAUUGCAAAAUAUAUCGGUGUUCUGAGAUUGGUUAUUCUUUUAAAUAAUUCUUACAAAAAAAACUUGUAACCUUUAAAUAUAUUAUUAAUGUAGUUAAAGAAAUAUUAUAUAACAUUAUAUUUUAAUAUAACGAAGUUACGACCAUCAUUUUAAAUUAUUGUUUAUAAAACAAUGUGUCAAAUCAUCAUCAACUAAUCAUCAUCAUCAGGCCAGUCGUCCACCGCUGGACAUAGGCAUAUCCUAAAUUCAUCAAUGUGCCCGAUCCUCGACUCUCCUCAUUCUAUUCUUAUCUGGUGACCCACAUUACAUUUCCCUGCACGCGGCCUCCAUUAACUCAAGAACCGGUCUGCUUCAACAACCAUCGGUUUUAGAACAUAUAUAUCCAGCCCACUACCACUUCAGCUGAUGCGUACUUCUUAUCUUUUUAAGCUAUUGCAUAACUUUUAUCGCGGGCUUUGAGCGCGGCGACCGAAUCAAGAAAUUCCGUAACGAAUAUAAAACCUAACGCGUUCAACACAUUCACACGUUGCGCUUGUGUAGUGUUUGUGAAUAAGCGCACGGCGUGACGUCGCACUGCAUAGCAUCAUGAAAAGUCUGUCCAUCUCUCUCUCGCGCGCCCUAGCUUAUGAGUGUGAAAGGGAAAGUUAAUGUUUUGCUUUUUUGUUAAUGUUUAUAAAUAUAGCGUGGUCUUAUUUUUUAUUGUUUUAAUAUUAAAUUAUUAUUGUCUAAUUAUAAUUGCAUACCUAAGUUGAUAAAAAAAUGCUAUGCAAUAGCUUUACCGCGGCAGUCCCCGAGUGCCACACGUGUUUUUUUGUAAUAAAUUUACUCGCAAUCGAUUAAUACGCCUAUGUCUAUCAAAUUCCGCAGACAAUUCGUCGCACGAUUCCACUAGGAAUAACAAUGUAUUAUAAAAAUUAAACCAGUAAAAUGUAUAUAGCUGCGUAAAAUUAUUGAUGGUAACGACUAUUGUUAGCCUGCAGUCAAUACUUAAUAGCCUGUAGUUAACAAUGAGCACUAUCCUGCUUGCACCUGUCCCAUCAUGUCUAUGGGCUCGGAUAAUCACUUCAAUUCAGGAGGUCCAUAAGCUCGUACGCCCACCGAUGCAAUAAAAAAAAAUCAAAUAUACUCCAAAACUGAGUUAUAUAUUUACAAACUUUAUGUCAUCAAAUGUCAAUGGAAAUGCGUAGUUAGCUGCCGCCCUAGGAUUGUCUAAUUUAUUUGACGGCCUGUGAUUAUUGUCUAUUUAAUAUUAUAUUUAUUCUCAAAAUAAUUGUAAAUGAUGGUCUUAAACUCCUUGUAAAACUAUAAAAAUGUCCCGAAGUGAUGAUUAUCUACAUUUAAAAAGUAUUUAAAUAGCUGUCGAUAUUAUUAAUGUAAUAAUGUGUUUAUAAAAGCUCAGUGAAUGUAUGAAUAUUUACGUUGUGAUGUUUUAAAAAGAGUAUAUUAUGAAUAAAAAGUAUUGUUCCCAA